CUCUCUAUCUGGCACUUUUGAGACCACACAUGCAAUGCUGUCACCCUCUGUCCAAAACUGGAUUCAAGUCCAGCAAUUACCAAGAAAACUUUGAAGAUGAUAGGGAGUUGAAGCAUGUAACAGAAGAGCUGAAGCUUGAAGGAGGUGAGUUUCUGCAGCCUUCAGAAGAGCAGGAGGGGAGUAAUUGUCCCACCCCACUACCUGAAGGAGAGUAACAGUAAAGGAAGAACCUGACUCUUCUCCAAGGUAAGAAAGACAAGACAAGAUUCUGCUGUUACAAGAUGCCACUCCCCAUAGAGGAGAAUUAAACCGAGGAGCAGGUUGCCAGGUGAGUUUGUGAAAUCUCUAUUUUUGGAAAUAGAAUGAAUCUAGAGAGAUAAGGUUCUGAACAGGUUGCUCAGAAACUACUUUUAAAGGUGGCUUUAAAUAGGGAAUUGGACUGAUGACUUUCAGAAUUUUCCUCCAAACUGGUUUAUGCUAUAACUCUAGGUUUUAAAUAGUAACGAUGUAAUAGGUUAAUUUGUUUAAGAUUACCUAGAUUAAACUAGUUUGGUUAAUGAAUAAGAAAGUUUUCAGAAAUGAAUAAGGAAGUGUUCACAAAAUCUCUUUUACUGGGAAGUCAUCCCAGAGAUCCCACGCUUGGAAUGGAUACAAAAAGAUAAAGUUAUCUCUAAUUAUGUAAAUGAUAGACUUAUUUGUCAAACCAAUUUUCAAUUACAUUUCCAGUCAUCUUCCAAAGAUCUGCCUAUAAAGUACACUGGUGGUUAUAGUCCAUCUCCCACUGGAAAGAAGCACAUUACAGACAAAAACCUUUUUUUUUUUUUUUUUUUUUUUUUGCAAGGAACACCUGGGAUCGAAGGAGCACAGACACAAACCUAUUCUUUCAUGCUCACCAGCUACAUUCUUCCCUGCUUCUCCACCCUGGCCAUUCUACCUGCAUGGAUUAAUUAUAGCUCAUACUUCAUAGUCUUAAGUCAAAACUUUGAACUUCAAUUAGUAAACUUAACAAAUCAAUGGAACAAGAUUGUACAGAUCAUAAAAAUAUUAAUUUGAACGUGCAUGAGACAGUGAAAUACAUAGGUCAAACACUCUGAACAACAUAAGUCCCCAUAGCUGCAUAUUCAGGCUUUGACAUGCGGUAAACUUAGUUACGGUUUCUAUAGGACUCUAGAGAAAAUUGUAUUCCACAGCUACCAGGCACCUUGGCAGCUAUAUUACUGAGCAGAAAAAUGCAAACUUGGCAGAUAUGUUGUACAAGAUGUUAGCGGAUAAGAGAUAAAAAAUUUAAAAAGUUAUGAAUGUAUAUAUCCCAAGAUUUAGAGACAGCAUUUUUAAUUCUAAGUUGUUGUUUUGUUUCUUAGUUUUUUAAUCUCAAGCUACAAACUCAUUAAGAUCAUUAAAUUUAUUUACAUUGAAUUAAAAGUAUCAUCUAGAAAUGAAAGAGGAAAAUGCUAUUUUUUAGCUGUUCGAAGAGAGAGAGUAAAAACUCUUUAUCUGUCAUUUUGAGGAACAGAUGUCAACAUUCCUUCUUACAUGAGGUUCUUAUAGAAGUCUGAGUUAAUACCAAAAGCUUGCUAAGCCUGUACAUUUCUUUUAGGACAUUUUUUUCCACUUUGAUAUCAGCACAUAAGUCCAACGAUUGUAAAAAAACAUUAGCAAGCAUCCCACAAAUAAAAAGCGUAGUAAUAACAGUCAAGUCUUGAGGUAUUAUGAGGAUAAUCACACAAAAGGAAAAGGACAACUCAAUGACAAUAACAGCAUGCUUCAAUUAUCCUUUUCAAAAAAAUCAACACAAUUCUUUUCCCCCCCCUCUCAUCCCAGCCCAUCACACAAACACGGAGUUCACCGAAGGACACUGUAGUGGAAUUCCAGGGUCACAGCCUGAACCAAUGGGUGGGCUCUGUGAGUGUGUGAGUGCGGCGGCGCGGCGGUACGAACGGGGGAGGGACACAUUCCUCAGCUCGGCUCGGUCUGCGCGCUGCUACCGGGAGGGGUGAGUCGAUUCUUUUUGAUAUCUUUCCCUCGUGUGCCUAUUUCUUAAAUAAAGGCUUUGUCAUCACCUUCAUUUGCCCUACAUUUUGGCGAGCCAGGCAGCCAAAUAUCUUUAAAGAUACCCAAUUAUAAGCCUCUUAAAAUAAUUACCAUGACAUUUUUGAACAAUUUCAUGGGAUGGUUUGGACGGGGAAAGGCUAGCCCCAUAAGUGAGGUUUUGCCAGGGCACAUCCCGGGAUUCCUAGGAUCCCCAUAUCACGGGAUUGCCUGUAUUAUUGAAAAAUGGGGUCCCCUACGGGAUGCAGGAAAUGUUCAGGAAUCCCCAGCCCGCCUGGCUGAGUAUUUCAGUAGUCUAAACAAAAACGUACUCACUACACGAGAACGACAGUUAGCUGCCUCCACGGUGGCGUGGCCGCUGCUGAUGGCCUUGAACCGGCUAAAUAUAACUGAAGGGGUUCUCACUGAUGAAAAUCAACUAUUACGUGACCGUGUGGAAGAACUAGAAAGACAGGUUGCAAUUUUGAGAGGGAAAAAACCUAACCCUAUAAUCCCGGUACAAAAAAUCCGAAACAUCUCUUUAGAAAUAACUGGGGAUCCUAUACAAGAGAGUCCACAUGAACUGGACUCAGAAAAUGAAAGCACUAAGAAGUCAGAUCUUGAGGCUCCACUAGAGCUUGAUCCCUUUGAGAUCCGACCAGUUGUAACUCAAAAAACAAAAAAAAACGCAGGACAGGCCAGCGGGGCUGCCCCCUGACCAGUGGCCCCCUGCCCAGAGCACACUACAUGUAACAGCUCGCCCAUACACGGCAGCUGAAUUAAUGGAUUUAGUACAACGCUUUAGACAAAGACCGAGAGAGAGUGUGCCAGCAUGGUUACUCAGACUAUAUGACAUGGGGGCAGAAAGUGUUGUGGUGAAUGGGCCAGAAAUCUCAAAACUGGCAUCAAUUACUACUCACCCGGCCCUCAGGCAAAGACUAUAUGCGGCUGUGCAACACAAUGAAGAAAAUCAUUCACUGAUUGCAUGGUUAAUGGCCGCAUGCCGUGUGACAUGGGCAAAUAAAACGGAUAUACCAUUAAAUACCGGCCUGUGGUCCUCUAUGGAGGACUUACAAAAUUAUAUCCGAGAAUUAGGUAUGAAGGAGGCAAUUUAUGAGGACAAUUUUGAGAGCCCAGAUAUGAUAAAAUUUUCCGCAGG